AUGCCUCCCAAGAAGGAUGUUCCCGUGAAGAAACCAGCGGGACCCCCUCUCGCCAAGACUGCUCCCAAGCCAGCAGUGGGGGCUCCCCCAGCCAAGUCCAAGGCUGAGCCAGCGGCAGCGGCCCCUUCAGGCCCCGAGAAAACCUGGGAGCCCCCUAUGGAUCUCUCCAAAGUGGUGAUCCAGUUUAACAAGGACCAGCUGGAGGAGUUCAAGGAGGCCUUUGAGUUGUUUGACCGAGUGGGGGAUGGCAAGAUCCUGUACAGCCAGUGUGGAGACUUGAUGAGGGCCCUGGGCCAGAACCCCACCAACGCCGAGGUGCUCAAGAUUCUGGGGAACCCCAAGAGCGAUGAGCUGAAGUCCCGGCGUGUGGACUUCGAGACCUUCCUGCCCAUGCUCCAGGCCGUGUCCAAGAACCGCGACCAAGGCACCUACGAAGACUACCUGGAGGGGCUCCGCGUGUUUGACAAAGAAGGGAACGGCAAGGUCAUGGGAGCGGAGCUCAGACAUGUCCUCACCACCCUGGGAGAGAAGAUGACUGAAGAGGAGGUGGAGACAGUUCUAGCAGGACAUGAGGACAGCAAUGGCUGCAUCAACUAUGAAGCCUUCCUGAAGCACAUCCUCAGCGUGUGA